AUGAGCAAUCCUUCUCCUAAGAAAAAAAUCAGCGCAAGCAGUGAUAGCUCCAAAGCUAUCCCUACCAUCGACAGCAAUGCGCCUCCACCUCCACGUCAAAUUCGUUUCGUAUCGUCGGACGGACAGCCGCAAACCAAACGAAGACGAGUGACUGCUGCGUGUCGCACCUGUCGCAAGCGGAAAAUUCGAUGCUCUGGCGAACAACCUGUCUGUAAGACAUGCAGGGAUUGCGGACACAAAUGUCUAGGAUACAAUGACCCUGAUAAACCGGAAAAGACGACGCUCCCAGGAACGACAAGAAAUGGAUACUCUCAAUCUAUGUACGCCGAUGAAGGAGACGAAGACCGGUCCCUUUCCCAUUCUCCGACCACUCCACUGGUGUCCCUAGCUGCGCCUGCCCCUAAUACAUCUAAGUCACCGCAACCAAAGACGAUCAAGUUAGAAGCGCCCCUACCUCUGACAACUGAUACCCUGAACAAUGCGACGAAGGAGCAGGAUAGACUCGCGGCUGUGACUAGUCCGGAGAGUAGUCGCACGUCUUUGAGCUCAGGUCAUCGAACCCAUGUACCUUAUUUCAGAUACUUUGGGCCCACGGCCAUUGUCCCGGGCUUUAAGCAAAUGGUUGUGCGUGUUCGGGACGGGAGAAGAGGGAACUUGUCACAGUCAUCAGACUCGAUACGGUCGUUAAAAAGCCCACGGAUGGGCGCCACAGGACCUUCUCUGGUCACCGUACUAGCAGAAGGAGAGUCAAAUAGCAUACCUUUCUACGACCGAGACGACUCCCUGCCCACAAGCAAGCUCGUGACGCAUUUAUGUGAUUUAUUUUUCGUCCAUCUUGGUUGCAGUUUUCCAUUCUUACAGCGGAACCGCUUCAUGGCUGAUUUGAAAGGGAAAAAGAUUGAUUCUAUACUGGUAGAUGCCGUUUGUGCCUUGGCGGCCAGAUUCUCUCCCCACCCGUUACUUAGUCCGCCCCAAGCUCGUCCCAUUGACGGCGAAGAUCUUCAGCCGGAUGUCAAACGCUCAGAUCACGGUCAGCCCUUUGCGCAUCGAGCUAUGACUGCUGUCGUCAACGCGCUUUCGUGUCCCACAUUAUCUGUUGUUCAAGCCUGUCUCUUGCUGGCAUACGAAGAGUUUGGGUCUAAUCAUGACAGUGGCCUGUGGAUGUAUUUGGGAAUAGCUAUCCGAAUGGCCCAGGAUCUGGGAAUGCAGAAGCUUCAAGGACUCAAGCAUCGCUACGGACGUACUGGUCUCAGGCCGAAGGCUAUCAUCACAGGUCAAGCUGGUAAACUAGGCGUGGAACAAUCUGAAGGCUCUAUACCGACUAAGCGGAAAGAAGGUGGUGAAGCAUCUGGUGAAGAUAGUCAGCGGGCGAUGGAACGCGAGCAGGUCGACACAUUUUGGAGUGUGUUCUUUCUUGAUCGUGUCAUCUCUUCCGGCACUGGAAGACCAGUGACUCUGCGAGAUGAAGAUAUUGAAUUGUAUUUCCCGCUUCAAUCAGAGUCCAUCCUUUUAAAUGGUUGGCCAGCGCCUUUCCCUCCUCUGAUUCGAAUCAUUCAUUUGUACGGUCGAGUCACGGACUUGAUUAACGCUAUUCAAGAAGACAAUCACAUUGAUGCUGAGACACUCAAACGAUUAGCCGGCAUGGAAAGUGAUCUCACGAGUAUAUAUCAACGUCUCUCGCCAAAGUUACAUUUCAACACGAUGAAUUUCCAAACCUACGUUAAAGCUCAAGAAGGAACCAAUUUCAUUCUGCUGCAUUUUUGGUUCCAUGCUCUGAUCGUUCUUCUGCAUCAGCCGACUCUACUGAAUUCAUUCGGUGGGCAGAUUCAGCAUCUAUAUCCAAACAGUCGAGAGUUAUCCAUGUCUUCGGCCAAGACGAUUGCCGAUAUCUUAUCGUUCUCUGAACUUAUUGACGCGAAGAGCUUCAUCGGUAAUCCUUUCACCAGUCAGCCAAUGUAUAUUGCGGCAUGUGCUUUUUUGAUGGAAAGCGCGUAUUAUUCCUCGCCUUCAUCAAGGUCCGGCUCACCUUCAGUCCUUGUGACAGAUCAAUCCAGCGCAUUCACCGUCCCCAAUAUGGACUCCUCUAAUAGUAGCGAGCGCAAAACGAACACAAAACACAGUCUACUUGCUUCCGCUGCGAAGGAAAAUUAUCAACGUUGUUAUCGUGCUUUGAGGACUUUGCAGACCUACUGGGAGGGGACGAAGUAUAUUCUUACGGUCCUGGAUCAAAAGGCCAAAGGCAUCGGUGAUCCGUUGUUGUAUACCACGGAGGAGAUGGAGAGUACAGCUGAUAUUGCUUAUGCGCCGUCAUUAGUGUCGCCGAAUUGGCAGCCGUCGCUUCAAUCGGUGCCCGCUGAUACUGCUCGAACGGAGUCGGACAAUCAGGCGGCUGCUCAAUCUGAAAUCGGCUCCCCAAAGAUUGAUCCUAGUCAAGCCAUCGGUUGGGCACUCACUGGAGAAAUAAACUCUGCGCAACCAAACUUGAGUUUGUUGUACCAUCUACCGGUGCCGCAAUUAAACGGAGGAUCAGAAGGGCAGAUAUCAGUUAAGGACGGCAUCCCGACAGUCGAAAUCCAUACGGCCAACCAUACUUAUGCGCAAUCAAUGGCAACUUACCCAUCAGCUCCGACCAACUCGAAUAUUCUCAGCACACCUAAUCCGAAAUUCUCUGGACCUGGUAAUAACAAUAUAAUCGCCUCCAAUCCGUACUCAGCCUCAAACACUGGACCAUCACAUGCCAUGUACAGCUCAGCUCUUGCUUCAUCACACAUACCAUCUCCAUACGCGUUCAGCUCCACCACUGGUACUUCCUAUCAUCACCAACAACAACAACACCAAGAACCUUACGCCACCCAACAGUACGCUCCUUCUCACAUAUCAGACACCCUAAUUGAAAGCCAAGACAUCGACAUGGCCGCCUUCCACAAUCAAGCCGAAUUUCCAUUCAUAUUCUCUAAUGAUUUUAAUCCAUAUCUGGAAUACCUACCACCAGACGUGAUUAAUUAUUUCGGUGAUUCGACCUCCUCAUCAUCAGCGCCACAGCAACAGCACCAAUCACAUCAAUUUGGUGUGGCGGGUUUAUUGAGUCCUGAGGAAGGGGAGCAACAUCAGCGAUGA